UGCUGUUCUUUGUGUUAAUGCAAAGUAGCUCAAAGCUUAGCACAACUUAUACCUUCCUAAUCAUUGAGAGCUGUGCAUUGAAAAAAUCCUUAUCACGGAUAGUUUGAUUUGUAUCAUAUACUAUUCUGUAUCCUCUUAAACUUAUGACUGAUCAUCAAAAAUGUUAAAAUAAGACAAAUGUGAAGACCUCUUAAUGAACUUCAGUCUAUUAUUUUGAUUAUUGUUGAAUGUGGCGAAAAUAACUUUUACUGGUCUAUUCUUAAGCUAAGCAAUAUGCAGGCCUAUCAACAACUUUAUGAUCAUUAUCAUCGCAUCAACAAGCCAUGCUUAUUUCUCCACAAAUGCUUGAAAACAAACGAUAUAAAUCCACAUAGGCUAAUUAAUAUUCUUGCAGUAAAGUUGCGGUGCAGCUCCAGCGGACAUAGGUUGCUGCAGGUGCCAACGUUAUCAUGCAGCAGAAGUUUCUUUGUGACCCUUCACCUUCCCCGGGGGACAGAUUGGAUCUCGUUGCUAUGGAGAGAAAAGAAGGCAAGUCCAGAUGCCACCCGCCUGAAGUCAGAUUCGUUCUGUAUGGAAAACAGUGGCGCGUGCCUCAUGCGACAUAUAGAUCAAAUACAAACUUUGGCAUACAGUUGCCUAUUAUAGUCAGAAAAGUUAUAAAGAAUGUUUAUGGAUUUACACUGCAAAUGUUUUGGAGUCAGGUUACUAUUGAUGUAACCAUGUCAUCUAAAAACAUGUAUAGUCUGUACGAUAAAUUAGUCUGUCCCAAAAACUACAGGCUAUGGUUUGUGCCUCAAAAUCCAAGCAAACCUUUUGACUUGCAGUAGGAUAUCUCAGUUUUUGUUUGUAAAUGAUUAGAUCACAGUAGGCUAUAGGCACUGUAGCUAAUACGCUACAAGUUAAAUGUGUGGUAGAGAAUAAUUAAUUCCACGCCCAAAGAACUUUUCCGAAACUAGUGUGGGCAUUGUGUUUGGCGAUUCACUAAUUUCAAUAAGUUCAGAAGAUCGGAUGAAGGUCAAAGAGUUUCGCAUUUAAUCAAUUCAAUCGAAACUGCCCCUAUCUUUUCAGCAGAAGUUGUCUCUAUAGGCACGCGCCUUCGAAGGGGAGGUCGGUCGAGCAUUGUCUCCAAGCAGCCAAUCACAGAACGCGCGUGUGCCGGCGCCGGGGUCCUCUGUAUAAAUAGUGGAAGUUUCUCAGAAUCAGCACAAACACUCCUCUCUUAAAUCUCUAUCAACUUCUCUGACUUAUCUUAUAGCUUCUGAACUAACUUCAACAUGCAGACCGCUGGAAAAUCCCUGAAAGAGGCUUUGAACUGUGCUCAGAGCGAGGAUCGACUCACUGUUGGUGUCUAUGAGAGUGCCAAAAUAAUGACUGAUGACCCAGACAGUGUGUCUUUCUGCGUCCUGGCUACCGACGAGGAGUUUGAGUGUGACAUCGCUCUCCAGAUCCACUUCACCCUCAUCCAGUCGUUCUGCUUCGACAACGACAUCAGCAUCGUCAAAGUGAGCAACAUGGACCGCCUGGCUGAGAUUGUCGGUGACAAGUCUGGUCAACUGGAAGAUGCUCACUGCGUCCUAAUCACGAACCCAGCUGAUGGUACUUGGGAGGACCCGGCUCUGGAGAAGCUGCACCGGUUCUGUGAGGAGAGCCGCAGCCUGAACGACUGGGUUCCUGAGAUCACCCUGCCUGGCCGCUGAACUGGGACCUUACACUUCUCUUCUGAGAUGCUGAAUACCCGUUCUACAAGGAAAUACUCAUCCUACUCUACAGGAUGACCCUGUUUUCUCAUCCCUGGAUCCUCCUGAGGAGAAUUCCAAUCCAGGCAGCGCGUGGCCGGCCCGAGGGGCCCCCGCGAUCCGUCGUCUCUUGUACCGUCCAUGCCAAGGUGACUCUCAUUCUUUAUGUGAAUGAGGUCAGGUAUGCCACGAGAGCGACAAAAGGACCCUCAUUCUUUGUGCGGAUGAGGUUUGGAGAGAAAGGAGAAGCGAGUUCUGCAUCCUGUGGUCCACAGAGCGAGAGUCGCACGUUGAAGCACGCGCAGUAGGAGAUGAAGCGGUGCUGAGAAAGAAGCGUUCUUAAAAAGGGACUUUUUAAAAUGUCUUCUUGCUGAGCAACACUAACACCGUUGCUGCCAGCGAAAUAUUUCCCACUUUCCAGAAUGGUCUUAAUUCUCUAAAGGUUUCACUUUAGAUAAUUUGAAUCUGUCAAAACGUCAUAAAAAAAUAUAUAAAAAUGAAACAAAGUAAAUCACUGUUCUCUAAAGGUUUCACUUUAGAACAUUUGAAUGCAUAACAAAAAAAAAAAACAUUGAAUACAUUUUUCUUCAGAGAUGAUUAGUUAUCAUGACAAAGAAAAAGAAAGAAUUAACUAUAAAUCUACCUUUGUGUAAAGUUUUCAGAAAUAUUUGUGCAGUUGAAUA